AUGACGAACUCCAAAGUCGACAAGCAGGCUUACGCCGCCGGCGCCAUGUUAGCAGCCGCCAACGCUCAGCGAGAGGCUCACGCCAAACGGUCCGUCGCCAACAGAACCCCAGCCGAGGCCCUCCGCGCCCACAUCGAGAGCAACACCGUGCCCACCGACAUGGACGUCAUCGAAGCCUUCCGCUUCGACUGCGUCUUCACAAGAGCCGACAAGCGCAACCUCCUCGUCCUCUACAGCCACCUCGUCCUCGACCACGGCGUCUCCACCUCCGCCAUCCAGGGCUGGAUCGCCGAGGGUAAAGAGACCGUCACCGCCCGCAUCGAGGAGCUCUUCCAACCGCAUCGCGACAAGAUACCUACCGUCCGCUCAACCAUGGCGGAGAAGUGGUACCGCAAGAACCCCUACGUUUUUGACCACGUCGGCGGCAGCCCCACCGCGGAGGAUAGAGAGAAAGAUACGGUCCUCCAGGCGAUUCUCUGUGGCGCCACGCCCGGAGAGAGGAUGGCCGGCGGCGUCGGUGCCACCCGCGAGGUCGAGGCGCAGAUGCGCCUCGUGGAGGCGGAUAUCAUGGCGCGCGCAGACAAGGGAGAGCAUAUUGCCUACCUCAUCAGCAUGUCGCAGAUGGCCAACGAGGCGGUCGUAUUCACCCCUUGCAACAGACCUCAUAGCGACAAGCUGCCGCUGGAGAUUAAAAUUGUGGAAUUGACUCCUGAUGGCAUGUGUACUGGCGUGGUCCACGUGGCUGCGUCUCUUGACGAGGCUAAGGAGUAUGUUACAAAUGCGUACUAUGAGGCGGAGAGAGUGAAGUGGGAGGGAAAGCAAGCUGUCGAUGGUAAGGGUAAGGGUAAGGCUUGUGAUGGAGAGAAGGCGCAGGCUAAGGCUAAGACCAAGGGUGGGCUUGGAUGUAUUGAGGGCAUGGUGUCUUCGCUAAAGGUCGAUGAUGUUGAUUGA